AUGUGGCGUCAGCAGGUCUGCUUGGGUUCAAACCCACGUUUGCUUCUUGUAUUAGAUGUAUUUAUUGCACAUAGAACUGAUCUAGUAAAGUGUCGUCUCAGUGAACGAAAUGCAGACAUGGCUGUAAUUCCAUCUGGACUAACCUCAC